AUGGGUGAACUGCUACAGUGUGCGCUGGGCCACUUGUGUCCAAGAUGUCUUCACUGCUGGCAAGCUUUUGGCCCUGGCCCUUAUCAUAAUCAUGGGUUUUGUCCAGAUAUGCAAAGGAAUCUCCCACAUGCGAUCUUCAUCUCCAUCCCUGUGGUCACCUUUGUUUAUGUGUUCACCAACGUGGCCUAUGUCACAGCCAUGAGCCCCCAGGAGCUGCUAGCCUCCAAUGCUGUGGCAGUGACAUUUGGAGAGAAACUACUAGGAGUAAUGUCAUGGAUCAUGCCUAUCUCUGUAGCGCUGUCCACCUUCGGGGGAGUCAAUGGCUCCGUGUUCACGUCGUCGCGGCUGUUUUUUGCCGGUGCGCGGGAAGGCCAUCUACCACGUCUGCUGGCCAUGAUUCAUGUGAAGUGCUGCACUCCCAUCCCAGGCUUACUGUUUACUUUGAUCUCCACUCUGCUGAUGUUGUGCACCAGUGACAUUUACACCCUCAUAAACUAUGCGGGUUUCAUCAACUACCUCUUCUACGGCGUCGCUGUCGCCGGGCAGAUUGUGCUGCGCAUCAAGGAGCCCAACAUGCAUCGACCCAUCAAGGUGAGUCUGGUGUGGCCAGUCAUCUACCUGCUGUUCUGGGCCUUCCUACUGAUCCUCUCCCUCUACCCUGAGCCUGUAGUCUGUGGUGCUGGUCUGGCCAUCAUGAUGACCGGCGUCCCUGUUUAUUUUCUCGGAGUCUACUGGGAAAACAAGCCAAAGUGUUUUGAUGCUGCUACAGGUAAGGCAACAUUAUAGUGGUGGUGUUACUUUAUGGCUUCAUUUUGGGACUGUUUAGGGACUAUUAGACUCCACGCUACAGAGCCCUCAAAACACAUUCAAGUGAACUUCAAUGCAGAUGUUAUAGGGUUAAAGCAGUUUUCAUUCUAAAAAAAACAUUCACCUUGUCUUUAUUUUCCAUCUGUAUCCAGGUAAAGUGACGUAUCUAUGCCAAAAGCUCUGCUUGGUGGUUUACCCAGUAACGGAGGAGCUGAAAGACUCUCAAAAGAAAGAUAGAGAUGAGAAAGCUGGGGACACCAUG